UGUCUCAACUACGUUCUAGCAUUUGAUACACAAGAUCUAAACCCUUAUCUCCCACUUCACUUCUCCUCCAAUCAAAAAUUCUUGUGUUUUUUUUCAUCACUCAUUUUUUGCUCUUUUUCAUCCAAGAAAACACACUUCACUCACUUGAGCUUCUCUUUGUCUCACUUCUUGAUUUCAGCAGAUAUUUUGUUGAAUAAUAGACCCCUUUGAGUUUUGACAACAACCCUUCAAUCUAUAUCUCAUCAAAUAUCUGUUUUUUAGUGGUUAAAUUUUUGAAAAAAGAUUGUUUUUGUUUGUGAAAAGGGUUGUUGUAAAAAUUUGAUCUUUGAGGGUCGAGUGGAAGAUGAAGAUUCAGUGCGAUGCGUGUGAGAAGGCAGCGGCGACGGUGAUCUGCUGCGCCGACGAGGCGGCGCUGUGUGCGAAAUGCGAUGUCGAAGUUCACGCGGCGAACAAGCUUGCUAGCAAGCACCAGAGGAUUUUUCUUCACUGCCUCUCCAACAAGCUCCCUCGCUGUGAUAUUUGCCAAGACAAGCUGGCCUUCAUAUUCUGUGUCGAGGACAGAGCACUCUUCUGCAAGGACUGUGACGAGCCCAUCCAUUCAGCCAACAGCCGCGGUGCAAACCACCAACGCUUCUUAGCAACCGGGAUCAGAGUGGCUCUAGCCAAUGCUUGCAGUGAGGCUAAUGUCAAGAGUGACUUGGAUCCAAAGCCCCCAAAAUCAACCUCACAACAUACUGCUCCAAUCCAUGCUUCUGGAAUCACAUCUUCGUUGUGGGGUGUCGAUGAUCUGCUGCAGUUUUCUGACUACUCUUCACCAAACAAGAAGGACUUCAACGAGCUCGACUGGCUCACGGACAUUAGCUACUUUGGCCAGCAAGUAUGUCCGGAGGUUUUAUCAGCAGCGGAGGUGCCUCAGCUUCCGAGUUCUCACAUGAUCUCUUUCAGACAGCCGAAAUCGUACAAUCCUUUCAAGAAGCAGAUGACCGAAGUUGAUGAUGAUGAGGAGGAGUUCUUCAGAGUUCCUGAUCUUGGUUGAAAUCUUGAUGAUCGCAAGAAUGUCAUAAAAAGGAGUUCAUGUAUAGUUGGUUAGGGCAUAUCUGUAGCAUGUUAAGGAGAUUUUCUUGCAUGCAUGAUGUAGCUAAAUGAUGUUUUUUGUGACCCUUCUUUGUAGGAGAUAAGUUUUUGCUUUUA